AUGAGACCAUAUAAGAUAUUAUUCAUAGCUUCCGCAAUUGUCACUUUAGCCAGUCAAGUAAGUGCGGUGUGCAAAUAUGUAGGCAAAAAAUGUCCUGAAGAAACACCAUGUUGUAAUGGUGGUUGGUGUUCAAAUAAUCCAGCGUUUUGUUCAACAGGAUGUCAACCCGAAAAUUCAUUCUCCCCUAAGUCGUGCUACCCCAAACCUGGAUGUAGAAAUUUUUAUGAUGAUUUCUCAAAAGAUCAAAUUAUUAGUAUUAAUGAUUACAAUGGCGAUCCUAAUUCUUUUAAAUGGACUUCGGAUUUUGUCCCUGAUAAUCAUGCCAUUGAUAAGGAUGGUAAUUUGAAUUUGAAUAUGUAUUUAAAUAAAAAUAAAACAAAUGAUUUUGGUAAAUAUCAAGGAUUUGGAGUUACCAUUAGUACAACUAGAUGGAUGCAAUAUGGUUUAGUAACAGCUCGAAUAAAGACGGCUGGUUUGUCUAAAGGUGUAGUGUCAUCUAUGGUUAUUUCUAAUAAUACUGCUGAUUUGAUCGGCGAUGAAAUUGAUUAUGAAUGGGUCGGUUUGAAUAAAUCCGAAGUACAAUCGAAUUACUAUUGGAAUGGUACAUUAGAUUACACUAAAGGUAAACAUCAUUACGUGGCAAUUGACACCACUGCCGAAUACUUCACCUACUUUAUCGAUUGGAAAGCUGAUUCUCUUAGCUGGGGAUACAAUGGAAAAGUUGUGAGAACCGUUUAUAAAAAAGAUACUUGUAAUGCUACAGAUAACAUCUGCAGAUAUCCUACCGAAAUGUCACGCGUUGCAUUCUCCAUAUGGGAUGGUGGUAUGGGUGCUCCAGGUACUGCUGAUUGGGCAGGUACCCCAACUGAUUGGUCAGACAAUAAAUUUUAUACUAUGUAUGUCGAUUGGGUAAACGUUACUUGUUACAAUGAAACUUCUUCAACAUCAUGGCCACCAGAAGGUUACGGAACUUACACUACAGUGGGUGUUAAUCAACCCACAACAGAUGCAAAUGAAGAAAACCAAAAUGAAUCUAGCCCAGGUGGAUUUAAAAAGUAUGUUGUUCCAGUUGGUGCCGUUUUAGGUUCAAUUGUAGCUACCGCAUUAAUAUUUGGUGUUUAUAAGCAUUACACAAAAGGUGAAUAUUAA